CUGUCUUAUUUCCAAAACCCUUCCACUGAACUCUCCCUGUGAAAUUCCAGCUGACAUACCAACAAAUCUUCGAAGCUCUACUCUUCCUUUCUCUUUCCGAUCAUGCGUACGUUAGCGGCGAGGUUAAGUACGCAUAUUUUCAGAAGCAAGGCAGUGAAUUUUCAACCCCAGAAGAAAUUUUCUGCAUCUAGCUACGGAAGAGAUGAAAGAUCCAUAGAAGAAGAGGCUGAAAGGAAAAUAGGGUGGCUGUUGAAACUGAUUUUCGCUGGGACUGCAACAGUUGUAGCUUAUCAGUUUUUCCCAUACAUGGGGGACAAUCUGUUGGAGCAGUCUGUGACACUUUUACAUGUCAAGGAUCCCUUGUUCAAAAGAAUGGGAGCGUCCAGAUUGGCUCGUUUUGCCAUUGAUGAUGAAAGACGGAUGAAAAUUAUUGAAAUGGGUGGAGCUCAAGAACUUCUGAAGAUGUUGGAGGCUGCUAAAGAUGACCGCACUAGGAAGGAAGCUUUAAAGGCUCUUUUUGCUAUCUCAAAAUCAGAUGAAGCUGCUGCGGUCUUGCAAGUCGGUGGAGCAAUAUCAGCUAUCAAGUCCACCCCUGGUUCCCUGGAGGAUGCUGAAGUUGAGAAAUACAAGUCAAAUUUGUUGAAUAGAUUCCAAGUUUUGAGAUAUGAUGUUGGCUCUGACCCUUAGAUGUAAUUUAUCUUGUUUCUAUUGCUUUCUUUUAGCUUUUAUUUUUACUCAUUAGUGACACUGAUGGACAGAAAUUUACUUGACAUGUUAGCAACACCAAUAGUAGGGUUUUUUUGCAGGCCACAUAGGAUUAGGUGGGAAGAGAAAAACAAGG